AAGUGAACGUUUCACGAGUCAACAGCAACGUCUUUCGAGAAGUUCUAGGCGCUGUUUGCGACAUUUUUCCUUCUUUUAUCCGUCAUCCAAUGUUUUAUGUGAUGAAAUAACACGUUGAUUAACGCUUAUUUUCAAUAUUAGUGUUCAUAGUCGUAAUUAAGUAAUCGCUAGAUUACGAUAUAAGCUAAUAUGGGCGACGAAAGCCAUCCUAAAACUCUCUACGUCGGUAAUUUGGACGCGAGUGUUACAGAAGUAUUCAUAUGUACGUUGUUCGGACAAAUAGGCGAAGUAAAAGGUUGUAAGAUAAUCCGCGAGCCUGGUAAUGAUCCCUAUGCCUUUCUUGAGUUUACAAGUCACACGGCGGCAGCUACAGCUCUGGCCGCCAUGAACAAGCGAGUGGUCCUCGACAAGGAAAUGAAGGUUAACUGGGCUACGAGUCCUGGCAAUCAGCCGAAGACUGAUACCAGCAACCAUCAUCACAUAUUUGUGGGUGAUUUAUCACCAGAAAUUGAAACGCACAUAUUGCGAGAGGCAUUUGCGCCAUUCGGUGAAAUUUCGAAUUGUCGGAUAGUCCGCGACCCACAAACGCUCAAAUCUAAAGGGUACGCUUUCGUGUCCUUCGUAAAGAAGGCUGAUGCGGAGGCUGCUAUACAGGCAAUGAACGGGCAAUGGUUGGGCUCGCGCUCCAUACGUACGAACUGGUCGACACGCAAGCCGCCGUCAAAGCCCAAUGAAGGUGCACCGAGCAGCAAGCGAGCGAAACAGCCGACAUUCGACGAGGUGUACAAUCAGAGCUCACCAACGAACACGACGGUAUACUGUGGGGGAUUCACUAGCAAUGUUAUUACUGAAGAGUUGAUGCAGACCACAUUCUCACAGUUUGGCCAGAUACAGGAUAUCCGAGUGUUCAGGGAUAAAGGUUAUGCCUUCAUUAGGUUUACAACUAAGGAAGCAGCAGCACAUGCUAUUGAAGCGACACACAACACAGAAAUUAGUGGGCACAUAGUCAAAUGUUUCUGGGGAAAAGAGAACGGAGGCGGUGACAGUCAGAGUACGAACAACGCGACGGCAGCGCCGCCAGCGAUGGGUGCGCAAACGCAGUACCCUUACCCGUACCAACAAGGAAUGGGAUAUUGGUAUGCUCAGGGCUACCCUACGUUACAAGGAUAUAUGGCGCCCGGCUAUUAUCAGCAGUACGCCACAGCAUAUAGCAACCCGCAGGCUGCGGCGGCAGCCGGCUACCGCAUGAGCAUGCCGGGCGGCGGCGGCGCGGGCGCGGGCGGCGGCUGGGGCGGCGGGCCGCAGCCGCUGAUGUACGCGUCGCCGAUGCCGUCGGCGCAGUACCCCUCGCAGUAGCCCGCCGCCUCCACCUCGUGCAAUGUCGCUCCUCAUUCUGUGCCUCAUGUGAUCCCGAGGGGAUCCUACCUAAUACAAUACAAACUCUGCGUCAAUUUUGUAAAACUGUCUUUGGACAGAUAAGUUUUGGUUUAGAUUUUAUUUUUGUACGAGUCCGAGCGGUCUUCCGUGUAGAGACUUCUGAUAAGUCGGUUGCGUGUACGCAACAACAUUUGUAAAGAAUUGUUCAUGUUACUGUAUGAUAUGACGGCGAUGUGGUUCACGUCGUAAUUGUAUAUUUCAGAGCAUUGCACACUGUCGAACGUGGGACCUAACAUCGUCAGUGAGUGCGGGUGGUGUGCCGAAAUAUUUAAAGCAAUCGAGUUAUCGUACAUAUCUCGAGUUGUUGACAUUGGCAGAGCAGUCAAACAGUGUACAAAAUGUUGGAAAAUAGCAAUACCGUUCAGCUCAUGUUCCAGGUGGCUAGAGACGACCAGCAGUUGUCCGUGCCCACUUCGUUAUUACCGAGUGUCGACCUGCGCCAUCUAGUUACAUAGACACAACUACAUGACGCUGGUCGCUACACUACAGUUUCGGAUUCACGGCCCAACGGUGUUAGUCGACCUACAUAGAUAGGACAUAACGAAUAAAUUAUAAAUUUUUAAUGAAAGUUAUAAAUACAUAUAUAGGGGGAGUAGUGUCGCGAGUGGCCUCGUGUACAUACGUUGAUAUUUAUUGGCGCCCUGCGCUGGCAGACUGAACUAUGUUCCCCGAGACUCCUCACACGACGCGCCAGACAGUUUUAAACCUAUUUAUAUUAAGUUGGGCACAUGUUGUUUUGUUUGACCUGAAUUGUUAUGAUUUAUUGUAUGGAAACACUGGUGAGUCAAUAAAGCUGUGGGUCUGGGACAACGGGUGUUUGAUUUGCCGUCUAGAAUAUAAUAUAGCAACUGUAUUCUGUUUGUUUCUGGGUCCAAAUUUUAUAUAUGAGUCGACUGCUAAGUCCUUCUGUGAUUGAAAAUACAGCAAACGUUCAGAUGACGUGAAUGCAUAAAAAUUAUUGUAAAUUCAUAAUUAAAAAGGUAAAAUUUUGUAAAAGGAUAAAUAAAUAGUUUAAGUUUA